CCGUUCCCGCCGCGCUGCCUCCCCCGCCCGCCCGCCCGCAGCCGCGCCGGGCGCGGGGCAUGGCCAGACUCACCGAGGGCGAGGCGAGGAGGCAGCCGCCGCCGCUCCCGCCAGCGCCGCAGCCGCCCCCGCCGCCGCCGCCGCCGCGCCGAGCCUCCCCCAUGAGCAGCAGCGGCGGCGCGGAGCCCCCGGCGCAGCCCGACAGCAUGAAGGACCUGGAUGCCAUCAAGCUCUUCGUGGGGCAGAUCCCGCGCAACCUGGAGGAGAAGGACCUCAAGCCGCUCUUCGAGCAGUUCGGCAAGAUCUACGAGCUCACCGUGCUCAAGGACCGCUACACCGGCAUGCACAAGGGUUGUGCAUUCCUCACAUACUGUGCCAGAGACUCUGCCAUCAAAGCCCAGACAGCACUGCAUGAACAGAAGACUUUGCCAGGGAUGGCGCGCCCGAUCCAGGUGAAGCCUGCGGACAGCGAGAGCCGUGGAGGGGACAGGAAGCUCUUUGUGGGCAUGUUAAAUAAGCAGCAGUCUGAGGAUGACGUGCUCCGGCUCUUUGAACCGUUUGGGGUCAUUGAUGAAUGCACGGUGCUCCGUGGACCUGAUGGGAACAGCAAAGGCUGUGCUUUUGUAAAGUUCUCAUCUCACACAGAGGCUCAGGCAGCAAUCCACGCACUCCAUGGCAGCCAGACAAUGCCCGGUGCCUCCUCCAGUCUAGUGGUGAAGUUUGCUGACACAGAUAAGGAGAGGACCCUGCGCCGUAUGCAGCAAAUGGUGGGGCAGCUGGGCAUUUUCACUCCAUCUCUCUCCCUGCCGUUCAGCCCAUACAGCGCCUAUGCGCAGGCUCUGAUGCAGCAGCAGACCACGGUUCUCUCCACCUCCCACGGCAGCUACCUGAGCCCGGGCGUCGCCUUCUCGCCGUGCCACAUCCAGCAGAUCGGGGCCGUCAGUCUCAACGGGCUGCCAGCCACGCCCAUUGCUCCAGCGUCAGGGCUACAUUCACCACCUCUCCUGGGAACAGCAGCUGUGCCAGGACUGGUGGCACCCAUUUCCAAUGGAUUCACUGGAGUGGUACCAUUCCCAAAUGGGCAUCCAACCUUGGAAACAGUUUACACCAAUGGCCUUGUGCCAUAUUCAGCCCAGAGCCCUUCAGUAGCAGAGACUUUGCACCCAGCCUUCACAGGAGUUCAGCAGUAUGCAGCUGUGUAUCCAACCACCACCAUCACCCCCAUUGCACAGAGCAUCCCUCAGCAGCCUCCCAUCCUGCAGCAGCAGCAGCGAGAAGGUCCUGAAGGCUGCAAUCUCUUCAUCUACCAUCUCCCCCAGGAGUUUGGAGACAACGAGCUGAUGCAGAUGUUCCUGCCCUUUGGCAAUAUCAUCUCCUCCAAGGUGUUCAUGGAUCGUGCCACCAACCAGAGCAAGUGUUUUGGUUUUGUGAGCUUUGACAACCCAUCCAGUGCACAGACUGCUAUCCAGGCCAUGAAUGGCUUCCAGAUUGGCAUGAAACGCUUGAAGGUGCAGUUAAAACGGCCCAAGGAUGCCAACCAUCCCUACUGACAGCAGUGAGCAAGCAGGAGUCACUUCUGCAGCACAGGUGAAGGGAAAGUCCAGAGGAAGAAUUCCUGCUUCAGGUUGAUUUUCAGAGAGGCCAGUAAAUUUAUCGACUCUUUUGACACCAUUCCUUUCCUUCCUCGGCUUCCCACCUUACCCACCCCAUCUUCCUCCUCCCCUCCUCUCCAAGACAUGCAAUUAAAGAGAAGGCUCAAUGUCUGCCCAGGAGGAAGAUUCUUGCCACGCCUGGACUCGCAUAUUUGCUGCUAACG